AUGUUGUUUCUCUUCACCCUUGCGGCAGCCUCUUUGGCGGCUGCUGGCAGCAUUCAGGAUGUCGAACACAUUGUUCUCUUCAUGCAGGAGAACCGGGCAUUCGACCACUACUUUGGCACCAUGGCCGGUAUUCGGGGUUUCAAAGACCCCAACGUCCAGGUCAACAACGGCACCCCAGUAUGGUACCAGAACGUCGACGCCGCCCUGUCCACCAAAACGGAUUCCCUGCUCCCUUGGUACCUCAACUACCUCGGUGGGACAUGGGAGAACGCCACACAAUGCAUGGAAGCCGGCAGCAACGGCUGGAGUCCCAACCAAGCAGCCUUGAACCACGACCUGAACAACGACUGGGCAACUCAAAACACGCCGUGGUCCUGGGCCCAUUUCACUCGUGCUGAGCUGCCCAAUCACUUUGCCAUCGCUGAGGGCUGGACUGUCGGUGAUAUGUACCAGCAAGCUGUCAUCACUUCCACCAAUCCUAAUCGCGUGGUCUGGGCAUCGGGCACGAUCAAUGAGCCGGAUGGAGGUGUUUACAUUGACAACAACGAGACGCCCGGCUGCGAGUCUCCCGAUCUCAAUUGCUACCCCCUGACAUGGGAGACUACCGCCCAACUCUACGAAAACGCCGGAGUUACUUGGCAGGUGUAUCAAGACACGGACAACUUCGACGACAACCCCUUGGCUUGGUUCCAGCAAUUCCAGCAAGCUCCCAACGGCUCCGCGCUCAACAAGCAAGGCAUGUCGUACAUCGGCCUGGAGUCCUUCUACAAGGACGCUGCCGCAGGCACUCUGCCUCAAGUCAGCUACAUCAUUGGUCCCGCCGAGUUGUCCGAACACCCCCCCUACCAGCCCAAAGAUGGCGCCUGGCUGCAACAGAAGAUUGUCGACACCGUCACCAGCUCUCCUCUCUACAACAACACCGUCCUCAUCAUCUCCUACGACGAGACUGGCGGCUGGGGUGACCAUGUCGUGCCCUACCACUCCCCAAGCGGCACGCCUGGCGAAUGGAUCCAAGACCCCUACGGUGAGGCUGGAUACGUCUACACUGGCCCCGGCUUCCGUCUCCCCUUCUACAUCAUCAGCCCAUGGACGCGUGGCGGGUAUGUCUACACGGGCAAAUCCGACCACAACAGCCAGAUCAAGUUCGUCGAGGAGGUGUUCGCCGCCAAGGGCAAAAAUGUCAAGACGCCCGUGAUGAACGCCUGGCGACGAGAGUUCAUGAGCGACUUGACGCUUGCGUUCGACUUUGAACAUCCGGAUUAUAGUAUCCCGAGCAUGCCGAACGCUUCCUACCCUUCGACGAACAGCAAGGGACAAUGGAAUGGCUAUGCCGUGUGCGAGGCAAAAUAUCCUACUCAGAGACCGCCCGUCCCCUACGGCCAGCAGAACGUGAACACCGCCCUCGAGACAGAAGAAGGCUUCAAAGCCGUCCGCGGCGAGCUCUCCGAAGGCCGCUACCUCACCUUUGAAAUGAACGGCUACGCCCUCACGGACACCAACGGUAAGCUCACCGCCACCAAAGCCACGUCCACGCACAACACCGCUUCCCAACGCUUCGUCGUGUACGAAGCAAACUCAACCCUCCCCGUCUUCACUAUCAAGAGCGCGCAGAGUGUGAACUCUACCACGGCCACGGUGCAGAACAAGAAGUCGUCCGCGCCGAGUCUUGCGGGCUCUUUCCAGAUCUUGGAUAUGGGCAAUGGAACAGGAUAUUCUGUUCAGCAGGUCACGGGUAAGAAGUAUCUGUCUAUCAACAAAAACGGCGCUGUGCAGCUUGGCAAGGCUCCGGCCGGGUUCAGUAUUUUCAGCGUGACUUAUAACAGCUAG